UUGCGCCACCCUUUUGACUCUUUGCUAAUCAGCUGGGGCAACCUGACCCGGACCCUGUCCAACAUGACUGGCUCAUACAAUGUUGCGGAGGACAAAGCCACAGCUGGAGGCCUGUAUGAAGAAGAUUCAGCCUUGCCGACGCUCUUGACCUCCAAGGGUUGCAUUGAGGAAAAGCGCUCUGGGGAGCCGUCGAGAGAAUCUACUGAGGCAAUCCCAAUGCCGCAGGUUUUUGGCGCGACUUCCUUCUCCGACGAGGAGGAUGGUGACGGAUGUGAUGCCGCCGAUGCAGAGAGUGAUGCAGGUGACCCCAUCCCACCCAACAGGAAAGCAGCGGACGAGCUUUUGGAAGAAGAGGAAUUUUGGACCAAGGCCCAGGAGGCUUUGGAAGAUCGUGGUCGCCGAGAACGUUUGCUCAAGUUCAUGAAGAGACACCGCUUCAAAGAUGUGAAUAGCAGCAGUGGCUGGUUCUUCAACUUUCGAUUUCCACUCCAUGCCGCCGUGGAGGAUAACGAUGCAGAAAUGGUCCGGAUCCUCCUUCAUUUUAAAGCCAAGACCAAGCUGAAGGAUGCAUCUGGAUGGUCGGCACGACAACUUGCCCGAAAGCGGAACUUCAAUGGCUCUCAUGAAGCUGUCCUGCAGAUCUUGGAUGAGUAUGCAAUGGCCAGGCGGAAGAGAGCCGCAGCUCGGCGUGCGGCACGUGAAGCCAAACACCAGACAGAAAGCGUGUGCUUGGAACUGGAAGGUGGAAAAGAAGGGAACAAGGUCCAGCCAAAGAAAUCUGAAGAGGGGUCACCCGAGGGCAUUUGAGAAACAUGAGCUGGUGGCGAAAAGCUCCCAACGCGCCUAGUGUCGACCCUUUUGCGAGCCUAGAGGGAGUUUUUCAAGCCCAGGCCAUGCGUGUUCUGUUUACCUUUCCUUAGGUGCUGAGUCAGAGUCACUGGAACAAUCAGAUCUCUGUGCCUCAGUAAGAGACUUCAAGAGGCUCUUGUUUUUGCUUUUGUCUUGCAUAGAUUUUCCAUGGCCCUGACACAGCCUGCUGCCGCUCUUUGCCGUGACCAACGGCGUCAGUGGAGCGUUUCCGGGCACCCGGCCACAGGGCCGAGGACGACUUUGCUCUGCCAAUCUGACAACGAAGUCGUGGCCGUCUCCGCUUGCUCACGCAUAGAUGGGAAAGUCUCCUGUGUCCAGUCGAAGACAUGGUGCACAUCAACGCACACAGCUGUGUGUUUUCGCCUUUGGUGCGCCAGUGGAUGCAAUCCAGUCAUCCGCCUGCAUGAUUAUAUACCUGAACCUGCCGACAAGCAGAGUCCUUGUCCUAAGUGCAGAGUUCGCCCCACGUUUCAACGUGGCUCAAGCUGCUUUUACAUGAAUUCGGAGGCUUCCCUCAAGUACAGUGGUCACGCGUGAGAUCUUGUCUUGACCAAAUUGACGGGCUCAAAAA